CCGUCCCCGCCCACAAUGAACGAAACCAUGGAAGAAGAUCAGCCCGACCACACUCCCGACGUGCUCCAAGAAACGCCUCCCGCAGAAGUCUUCAUCGCCCCUUCAAUCCAUCACGACAAAGUGCUGGCGGGAGAAAGUUAUACCCACCACUCUGCAAUCCCCCAAGCCAUCCGAGAAGACAUGACUACCGAAUGUGUCUUGGGAAUCGAUGAAGCCGGUCGAGGUCCCGUUCUUGGUCCCAUGGUCUACGGCCUCUUCUACCUCCCCACCACCUUCCACCACACCCUCCUCACGCAAACCUACAAAUUCAACGACUCCAAACUCCUCACUCCAACUUUCCGCUCCCACCUCAUGCAACAAAUCUGCUCCCCCGAAACCCCUCUCUACACCCACUGCGGCUGGGCCAUCCGUUCCCUUUCCGCCCAAGAUAUUUCCUCCAGCAUGCUCCGUCCCACCCACACCCCCUUUACCUCCACCAGCGGAGCCAUCAACGCCACCCCCCAAAUAUCCAAUCUCAACAACCAAGCCAUCGAAGCCACCAUAACUCUCAUCCACCAAAUUCUCUACGACCUCAAAAUUAAUAUCCAACAUAUAUACAUUGACACGAUCGGAAAACCCGAAAUCUAUCAAGCGAAACUCGAGAAAAUUUUCCCCGCGGUGAAAAUUACCGUGGCGAAAAAGGCAGAUAGUUUAUUUCCGUGUGUGUCGGCGGCGUCGGUGUGUGCGAAAGUGACGAGGGAUGCGGCGUUGGAGGUGUUGUAUAUGAAAUCUGCGGAAGAAGAAGAAAGAAGAAGAAGAAACGAUUCUGCCGAGGUGAAAACAACAACAACAACAAUGGCAUGGGGAUCUGGAUAUCCCAGUGAUGUACGUUGUGCGAAUUGGCUCAAGAAUAACAUGGAUCCGGUCUUUGGUUGGGGGAAUGAAUGUCGCUUCAGUUGGGGUACGGCCAAGGAGUUACUCGAAGUCAGAGGCGCUCCUUGCCGAGUCGAUUGGCCAGAGGCCGAUGACGCCGAAGAAAAUGAUAAUAUGAAAUUGACCGGCUACUUCACCGGUGCCAAUGAUGGCGAUGAUGACGAUCUCGAGAAAGAGGAUGAGCUUGGAAAUUGGUAUGGCAGAAGGGUGACCGAGGAGGUCUUCUGA